AAUUCAAACCCACAACACAAGAUCGACUAAACACACAAUCUUGAUUUAUUUUCAAACAUCUCCAAGAAACAAAUAUGGCAUCUUCCUUGAAAUUUCUCUGCAUUCUUGGCAUGAUCCUCCUCGUAGGAGUUGUCGUUGACGGUGCAGGGGAAUGUGGUAGAUCUUCGCCGGACAAUGAGGCGAUGAAGCUGGCUCCAUGUGCAGGUGCAGCUCAGGAUGCUAACGCCGCCGUGCCAGGAGGUUGUUGUGCUCAGAUUAAGAGAUUUUCUCAGAACCCUAAAUGUCUCUGUGCUGUUCUUCUUUCCGACACGGCCAAAGCCUCAGGCGUCCAGCCUGAGGUUGCCCUUACCAUCCCUAAACGCUGCAAUUUCGCUAACCGCCCUGUUGGUUACAAGUGCGGACCAUACACACUUCCGUGAAGUGUUGACGAUUAGAAAAGGAUGAAGGAGCCAUAACUGAGCUUUAUGUGGAAGCUUGGAGUUUACUUCUACUAUGUCUCCUCCAUGUACCGUAUAUUAUAUGAAUAACACAAUAAUGUUUAUACUGUAUGUAUCAGUGUGAUUGGUAAUGGAUCUCUAUAUCAAUAUAUAUGAUAUGAUUUCACUCUCUAUUUCAA